UUGAGAAAAGUUUUGAGGAAGUAUCUCCCUACGCAGGACAGGGCUUCCCGCCUAUUAUCAAGGUUGAAAUUGCCCGCUGCAAAAACAUCCCAUAAAAGGGAGGAAAAAGGGAGAAUUAGGGUUUUACAGUUCAUCGAGGAAGAAGUAAAAUUUUCCAAUCCUAAUGAGGGAAACUGGAAAAGAAGGACUUGUAGUUUUCAAAACUUCCUGAUAAGCUUCUGUCAUAGAAAAUGUUGAGUAAGCUCAAAGUCGAGGAGCUUCGAGCUCAGCUGUCUAAAAGAGGCCUCGAUACUUCUGGUACCAAACAAAUCCUACUUCGUAGGCUUGACAAUGCCAUAAUGGAGGAAAAAACUUCUCCUCCAAAGAAAAGAAAAAGGGAAGACAAGUUAACCGAUCAUGGUGAUGAAAAUGAAGUAGAGAGCAAAAAUGGUAACUCUUUGCCCUCAAAAUCUGAAAUUAUUAAAUCCCCUAGCAACAUGAAUGUUCGUGAACUACGAAAGGAGCUGGAAGUUUGCCGUUUAUUGACCUCUGGUUUGAAAAAGGAACUCAUAGAGAGGCUCACAACUAGUGUGGAGAUGGAUGGAGAUCUUACCAAAGAAGAUGCUACAAUUCACGACGUUGAUGAAUGUAAGAAGGAGAAAUUGGUCAAAGCAACUAAGAAGGGUGGUUCAAUCUUGCAUCAAUGGCUUUCAGAUGACAUAAAGUUAGGCUACCAUGUAUUGCAAAUAGGGGAUGAAAUCUAUGAUGCCGUAUUGAAUCAAACAAAUGUUGGACAGAACAACAACAAGUUCUAUGUGAUUCAAGCUCUUGAAGCUGAUAGUGGUGAAAAGUACAUGGUUUACACAAUGAGAAAGGGUGUGAGGGGUCAAGACAAACUAUUUGGUCCUUGCACUUCACGUGAUUGUGCGGUUAAUGAAUUUCAGUCGAAGUUCGUCUCCAAGGCAAAGAACAACUGGUCCGAUAGGAAAAUUUUUACUCCUUAUGCAAAAAGUUACACUUGGUUGGAAAUGGACUAUAGUGAAGACACAUGCAAAAACAAAGCAGACCAAGAUAAGCACAAUAACUGCAUAGUUGCUGCUCAACCACGUAAGACAAGACUGCGUAUUGCAGAAUUUAUUUCACUUAUCUGCAAUGUUAGCAUGAUGAAGCAACAAAUGCUUGAGAUUGGUUACAAUGCUGAAAAGUUGCCCCUCAGGAAGCUAAGCAAAUCUACUAUUACAAAGGGAUAUGAUGUAUUGAAGAGAAUUGCUGAUGUGAUUGGACAACCAGAUAGGCUCAAACUUGAGCAACUGAGUGGGAAGAUCCCCUUUACUUUUACUAUGGACGGCUUCAUAGUGAACUGGUACCACUUGAAGCUGAUUCUCAAGAAUUUUCCUUGUUUUCUAGCACAAAAAAUAAACUGCUCUUGUGGCAUGGUUCUCGACUUACAAACUGGACUGGAAUUCUCUCUCAAGGACUACGAAUUGCUCCUCCAGAAGCACCUGUUACGGGUUACAUGUUUGGGAAAGGUGUUUAUUUUUCUGACAUGUUCUCCAAAAGCUCAAACUAUUGUUACUCAUCUCAUUCAUCUUGGGCUGGAGUGCUGCUUUUAUGUCAGCACCAAAGGAGUCGGAGCAACUGCCCCGAUCCUUCAGGUUUCCGUGUGCUUGAGGAUGGUGUCAUCGUGCCCCUGGGAAAACCAAAGAAGCAGUCUGGCCCUCAGGGAAGCCUGUUAUACAAUGAGUACAUUGUCUAUAACGUGGAUCAGAUUAGGAUGAGAUACGUUCUUCAAUUAAAUUUCAAUUUCAAGCA